UUCUGCUUGUUUUUAUUCCUAAAUCUCCUCUUGUUGGCGUCAGUCCCAGCACCAUGAUGACGAGAAGCGAGCUUUGAGCAGAGAGAUCAUUGUUCUCAACAACCACCUGAUGGAGGCCAAGCUCACCAUCGAGAAGCUCCAAGAGGACAAUGAUCUGUACAGAAAAGACUGUAACCUGGCUGCUCAGCUCCUCCAGUGCAACAAGUCUCUUUACAGAGCCCAGCUCUCUGAGCUGCCUGCUGAUUUUCAGGAGCGACUGACCAUGCACAUGGAGGAUUCUCCUCUCUGUCACACCUAUCCGGACACCGUCCCAGCCUCCCUCAUUGCCAAAGUACUUGAGAAGCCAGACGAGGCCUGCAGCAGCAGCCAGGCCUCCCGUUCCCCAAGCCCCCAAACCCAGGAACAAGCUUUUAUUUUGGAGAGCUUGGGCCCAGGAGGGCGUCUGGGGCUCCGUGCUGCCUACAAAUCUGACCUGUACGCCAGCGACACAGCCCUGUACUGCCCUGAUGACCGGCAUCGUGAGCGGAGGCCCAGCAUGGAUCUCCACGGUCAGAGGAAGCUGCUGUAUGGGCCCCAAAACUCCACCGACAGCAACCCAGAGGAGGGAUCAGUUGGGUUGAGGGCCGGUUUCUCCCAGGAGCACUUUGCUAAGUUCCAAGCCACACUGCGUGCAGGGUCGAGCUCCUACUCCAGCUUCAGUGGUGGGGGAUCUGAGGACAAAGGCAAUGGUGCUCCCAGCAGUGUAGCUUCCUCCCCUCGCCAUCAUUCCCUCUACAUGGAGUGGAGAGAUGCAGGGGACUAUGAGAGAAAGAGUGACUCAUCCUGGGAGAGAGACAGUCCAAGAGGCUUCGCCAACGCUCAUCCCUUCCAGCAGACAGAGCUGAGCCACCACCAGAACGGCAGCUCGCCGGUCUACAGCCGCACCAUGUCCUCCUGUUUCAGUGAGCCCUAUGAGCCACUCCCUCCCUCCUCGUCCCCAAGUGUUGCCUACGGAGACAGUCGUCGAGGCAGUACAUUAGCUCCAGAGGAGGACGAGCUGAUUGGUCGAUGGAGACAACUUAGUGUGGAGGACUUAAGUGCCCACGCCUACCGCAGCCCAGGCCGGGCUUCACCUUACAGCUUCUCGGAGCAGCACUUCUCUGUGCGGCCCGCUAAGAUUCGCCUUGGGCCGCUCUACAGCAGCUUCCAGGAAGGGGCUGACUUUUAUCAUCAAGGAGCGGGCGCCAUGGACCCUGCAUGGGUGGCCACCAGCCCCAGCCCUGAAUGCAGCCCAGGGGUGCGGCAGGCACACAGCCAAGCCCACCUGUACCGAAGCGAGGACAGCCAGGAGUCAGAGCACAGCCUCUACCACUCAGGGAGCUCCAAAGACAGGGAGGGCAACGUGGCAGCUGGUGGCCAGGGCACGGAUUACGUUGACCCCAGCCCCAACAGCUCCACUGAGUCUCUCCACCAGAGGUCCAUGGAGAUGGCCGCAGAGCUGCAGCACUACCAAGUAGAGAUGCACAGCCUGCCAGCACAGGUGGGCCAGUCGCCACCACCGGCUCCACCCCCUCCUCCUCCAUACAACCAAAAAUUUGGCUCGCUGGGACUUUCCAGGAAGGACAGUCUGACCAAGGCCCAGCUUUAUGGAACUCUUCUGAACUGAUGGACUUUUCCCAUCAGGUUCCUUUUUUGACAGGGUUCUAGACACAAGGCCCUGGUGUGCACCUUCUGUCAGAGCAGAACCACUUUGGAAGAAAAUGGUUUGAAUAAAAACCAGGAGUUAAAUAACCCAGCACCAAGAACCUGUUACUACUGCUGGUUAUUUAAAAGCUUGUGGAUCGCAACAGUUAACACCACGACUAUCCAGACCAAGUAUAGUGACAUAGUCAUGUGAGGAGAUGGAAUUGGGCUGACUUGAGAAGUGGAGCUCAAGCAGCACUUACAUUUGUAUUGUACUGUAUUUAAAUUUACACCUGUAUAAAUAUAUACUUGUAACUACAAAUUGAGUGAUAUAUUUUGUAUGUGGCUGUUAGCAAGAGAUACUGUACAUCCAAAAACAAUCCAACAAAUCUUGAUAAACCUGGAACUUGCACAUGAAUUAAAAAAACUGCCAAUUCUAUAUUUGAAAACUCAGAGGUAUAUUAAGUGAGAAUUGACUUAUAGAUUAGCUUAGGUCAUUAUUUUUAAAUUGACUGAAACGGCAUUGGCCUUGUGAGGAUUUAAACGUGAGUGUUAAACUUAAGAGAACAAAUGAAUCACUAAAAUGAACAAUACAUUUAGUUUUCCUGUUGAUUGAAUUUGACAGUAUUGAUGAGUGUUAUAUUGUUAUUGAUGGAACGUAUUGAGAUCUGUCUGAACAGUCGGUAUUACGUUAUUUCUGCUUCUAUAUUUCACAGAAAGGUUUUCUUAUUCCCCCAUUCUACCUCAGAUUUGGAUGCCCACAACCCCCCCCCCCCAUUAAGCCACUGUAAGUUUGUUUCUUUGACGACAAUGCAUGUUUAUAUAUUUUGGUUGUUUUAUUCACCUAUUAAAGCACAAACUACACAUAUGAGCUCGGAGCCUUCCUUUCAUGUUCUCGUUCAGCCGUGUGGGGAUUUGAAAUGUGAGAGCGCAAGCGAGAGACAUCGUGUUCAAGCGUUGUCUGUGAUCAGUUGUUUUUGGGAUAAUGACUCGUCUGCUCAGCGUAAAGUCGAGAGACUGAACUGAGAGACAGACCCUUCAUCACUCAAACUCUCACAUUGCUGCAGCCAUGUGGUGCGUGCCUGCUGAGUCACUGUAUGAAGCCCUGCUUUAUUACAAUUUUGAAUUUAGAUGUAGGUUAGUGGAGGAUUUGUUUUUGCCAUGAUCAGCAAACUUAAAACAGAGAGAAAACUGAUUUGUGUUUCCCAGAGAGGCAUCCAAUUAACAUCAAUUGACUUCAGAUGAGACAAUUGAAGAUUUUUAUGGUGGGAAAUGCAAUUUUCUGACUUUUAAAUUGAUUUAUUGUGAAAAUAAUCAGUGGAUUGAUCAAUAAUGAAAAUAAC